UACCAAUACGGUGCAUCCGUCAUUCUGGAAGGACGUGAUGGCGCAAACCAACGGUGCACGGGCACAAUCACCGCAAUCGGAGCUCAAGAUGUGGCCAUUCGACGAAGUUCCGACCACGGAAUUUGUCGUGUUACCGUGCAACAACUGAAACAGGGCAGAUACACUCUGUGCCCCGCUAAAUUUACCUAA